AUUUAACGGACUCAUAGCAAGAUAAACGUAAAUCGAAUUGUAAAUUAUUACAAGUUAUUCUUAAGUAAAUUACUAAAUACUAAACGGUCAUGGCCAGUAAAAUCAUCGGUCCAGACAUAGGAUUAAUUUUAAACAACAAAACACCAGAAGAUGUAGCGAAGGCCAUGAUUGAAAAUGGUCGCCAGAAAGAACCAUUCUAUGUAUUUAGUAUUGAUGAAGCAUAUCACCGCAUACAGCAUUUUAAAAAAAUGAUGCCUAGAAUAGAGAUAUUUUAUGCUAUGAAAGCAAAUGACAGCGAUAAUAUGCUGAAAUUAGCAGCUGAGCUUGGAUUAGGAUUUGAUUGUGCGUCACCUGGAGAAAUACACAAAAUAUUAAAACUUAAUGUAUCACCAUUGAGCAUUAUUUUCGCAGUACCAAGCAAGAAUCCGGACUGGAUGGUUUUCGCCCGAGAUUCUGGCAUUCGUCAUACAACAUUCGACACAAUUAACGAGCUGAAGAAAAUUAAGCAUUAUUGGCCUGAUGCUAAACUAUUGAUACGAAUUAAAGUGGAUGGAGAGAGUAUUUAUAAAUUGGGUGAUAAAUUUGGCUGUGACUUCGAAACGGAGGCCGUCAAUCUUUUAGAAGAAGCGGCUGCGUUAGAUUUGAAGGUAGUUGGAGUGGCAUUCCACGUGGGUAGUGGUUGUUCUUCAGCUGAUAGUCAUGUUAUUGGAUUGCGACAAGCGAAAGAGCUUUUUGAUCAUGAAGCCCGAGCAGGCAGGCAUAUGAACAUUAUUGAUAUAGGAGGAGGAUUUUUGAGCGAUCGAACUGACCGAAUUGACCAGGUAUCCAAACUUAUAAAUGGUACUUUAGAAGAAUUAUUCCCGGACCCAAAUAUACAAGUUAUCGCUGAGCCAGGACGAUAUAUCUGUGAUUCAUCUUGCAAUUUGUAUUGUAGUAUUAGCAAUGUACGAAGGGUCACGAAAGGAAAUGAAAUAGUGAAUAUGAUUUAUCUAAAUGACGGACUUUUUGGAACCUUGAGAUAUCAAGAGCCGUGGCAUACGGUGAAACGGUUCCAGACACGUGCUGAAACUAUAAAUGAGAAGCCCGAAAGGACAAUUCUCUGGGGCCCGAGCUGCGACUCCACGGAUCGCGUGAUGCAGAAUGUGGAUAUCUUUCUGCCUCGCUGCACGUCAUCUGAUUGGCUGGUGUUUUCUACGCAAGGGGCUUACUCGUUUGGAUUUGCAACUCCUUUCUCUUGCUUAGAAAAACCUCAGAUACGUUCGGUUAUUUCACAGAAUUUAUGGGAUCAAAUAAAAAAUAGUAUUUUCUUCAAUUCGGAUGAAUUUACUGAGGAAUAUGAUAUUUCAUCGCCGCUGCCUUCAACUUUACCGCGAAUCACUAAAACGAGAAACAUAACAGGCUCGAAUUAUACUUUGAAGAUAUAACGAGUAAUAGAUAUGAUAAAAGAAAAAGAAUAUCGUAUAAGUUCAUUAUUUAUGUAUACUUUUUGUAUAUAGUUUUAAAAAAUACAUUGAUUGUUUCGUCAUUUUUCGUAAUUUUAAAAUACGAUCUACUAACUGCGAUCAUAUUGGACAAGGUUCAAGGAAGACGAAGUGUUAGUCGAAACAGAAAAUCUUGGGUGAAAAAACUUCGCCAAUGGUAUGGAAAAGAACCCCUUAAUUAUUCAGAGCAUUGUCAUCGUUGUUACGAGUGGCCUUGAUGAUCUGACCUUCGAAAAAAGAUGGCACUUUAAAACUCUAAAAAGUAAAUACUGAUGUUCACGUUUCGCAUUUUAUUUUAAUAUGAUUCCUUAAUAGUUGUUACCAACUUACUUCACUGGGCAAAAUGUGAAGGAAGGAUAAAAGAAUAAUAAUCCUUUAAUCAUCUACAAACAAUUUCGCGUCGACUGGAUACGUUCAGUAGUUUUCACGUGAUUGAAAACUACUGAACGUAUCCAACACUGAACUGAGGCACAAAGACAUUUUUUUUUAUCUGUGCUCAUAGUUCUAUCGGUUAUCUUCAAUAUCCAAAUCUUAGACGUAAGAGAAUUAUUAAGUAGUAUUAAGUCAUUCAAUAUUUCACCGAAUAUUUAUAAAUCUUUAUUUUAUUGACACUAAAUUAAGCCUAUUUAAUCCUUUUUCUAUGUUAC